AUGUCUCACGAAGAGGAUCUCAUCGACUACUCCGACGAGGAGAUCGGCGGCAACGAGGCGCCUGCCGCCGGCGCCGCCGCCGGUUCUAACGGCAAGAAGACCGACCUUGCUGCUGGCAACGAUGUGGACAAGAAGGGCAGCUAUGUCGGCAUCCACUCGACUGGAUUCCGCGACUUUCUUUUGAAGCCCGAGCUUCUCCGCGCUAUUGGCGACUGUGGCUUCGAGCAUCCAUCGGAGGUCCAGCAAACUUGUAUUCCGCAGGCGCUUCUCGGUGGCGACAUUAUCUGCCAGGCCAAGUCCGGUCUGGGAAAGACGGCUGUCUUCGUUCUGGCCACGCUCCAGCAGGUUGAGCCCAUCAACGGCGAGGUCUCCGUGGUGGUCAUGUGCCACACUCGUGAGCUGGCCUACCAGAUUCGCGACGAGUACAACCGGUUCAGCAAGUACAUGCCUGACAUCAAGACGGGCGUUUUCUACGGUGGUACUCCCAUCAAGACGGACGUGGAGACCUUGAAGAACAAGGAUACGUGCCCCCACAUCAUCGUGGGCACCCCAGGCCGCCUCAAGGCCCUCGUUCGCGACAAGGCCCUCCGCCUCGGCAGCGUGCGUAUCUUCGUCCUCGACGAAUGCGACAAGAUGCUUGACCAGCCUGACAUGCGUACCGACGUCCAGGACGUCUUCCGCGCCACUCCGACCCAGAAGCAGGUCAUGAUGUUCUCGGCCACGCUUUCGGAUGCUAUCAAGCCUAUCUGCCGCAAGUUUAUGCAGAACCCGACGGAGCAUUACGUCGAUGAGGACACCAAGCUCACCCUUCACGGCCUCCAGCAGUAUUACGUCAAGCUGGAGGAAAAGGAGAAGAACCGGAAGCUCAAUGAGCUUCUUGAUGACCUUCAGUUUAACCAGGUCAUCAUUUUCGUCAAGAGCACGAUCCGUGCUACCGAGCUCGACAAACUCCUUCGGGAGUGCAACUUCCCUUCCAUCGCCGUCCACUCUGGCGUGAGCCAGGAUGAACGUAUCAAGCGUUACAAGGAGUUUAAGGAGUUUAAGAAGCGCAUCUGCGUCGCGACGGAUGUCUUCGGUCGUGGUAUCGACAUUGAACGGAUCAACCUGGCCAUCAACUAUGACCUUCCUGCAGAUGCCAGCUCGUAUCUUCACCGAGUCGGCCGUGCUGGCCGUUUCGGUACCAAGGGUCUCGCCAUCUCGUUCGUGAGCUCCGACCAGGACCAGGAGGUCUUGAAGGAGAUUGAGAAGCGUUUCGAGGUCGCCUUGCCUGAGUUUCCCAAGGAGGGCGUGGAUGCCAGCACCUACAUGGCGUCUUAA